AUGGUGGGGGCGGGCUCUGUAGGGAAGUGCGUCAGAGGAGGCGCGGGGAGAGUAGGGUGCUGUGGUCUCCGUUGAAGGGUGAAGCUGGCGGAGCAAGAGGAUGGGCGAGCAGUCUGAAUGCCAGAAUGGAUAACCGUUUUGCUACAGCGUUUGUAAUUGCUUGUGUGCUUAGCCUCAUUUCCACCAUCUACAUGGCAGCCUCAAUUGGCACGGACUUUUGGUAUGAAUAUCGAAGUCCAGUUCAAGAAAAUUCAAGUGAUUUGAAUAAAAGCCUCUGGGAAGACUUCAUUAAUGAUGAGGCAGAUGAAAAGACUUAUAAUGAUGCGCUUUUCCGAUAUAGUGGCACAGUAGGAUUAUGGAGACGGUGUAUCACUGUACCCAAAAACACACAUUGGUAUGCUCCACCAGAAAGGACAGAGUCAUUUGAUGUGGUGACAAAAUGCAUGAGUUUCACAUUAAAUGAGCAGUUCAUGGAGAAAUUUGUUGAUCCUGGAAACCACAAUAGUGGAAUUGAUCUACUUCGGACCUAUCUUUGGCGGUGUCAGUUCCUUUUACCUUUUGUUAGUUUAGGUUUGAUGUGCUUUGGGGCUUUGAUUGGACUUUGUGCUUGUAUAUGCCGAAGCUUGUAUCCCACAAUUGCCACAGGCAUUCUCCAUCUCCUUGCAGGUUUGUGUACACUGGGCACAGUAAGUUGUUUCGUUGCUGGAAUUAAACUACUCCACCAGAAACUAGAGCCGCCUGAGAAUGUGUCUGGUGAAUUUGGAUGGUCAUUCUGCCUGGCUUGCGUUUCUGCUCCUUUACAGUUCAUGGCUUCUGCUCUGUUCAUCUGGGCUGCUCACACCAACCGGAAAGAGUACACCUUAAUGAAGGCAUAUCGCGUGGCAUGAACAGGCCUGCUUUACAUUUGCUGUUUUAAUAUUUUUGAUAUCUAUGUUUUCCCUUGCAUCCCUCCCAAAUGUUUUAUUUUUUUGUGGAUAUACCAUUUUAUCCUGAAAAUCCAUUUUAUUUAAAUACACACACAUGACUAAAUUUACAAUAAAUGCCACUAAAAUUUAUGUGGUUUACUCAGUGAUUCCAUUUCUCAAACUAAUUUAGGUUCAAAAUCUAGUCAGAAAGAAAGAGGCUUGACACAAAUUUGUGACAGAAAAUCUGCAAUAGGAAAUUGACCCAGGGCAAGUUCUGCUUAUGUCUAUUAAGACUUUUCACCAAACGUACAGUAACUAUCUGUUGAACCAGAAAUAAAUUUCUUUGGUAAACCUCUUAUUGUCAGAACUUUGCUGUUGUAGAUAGCCAGUCAGCCAGGCAUAUUAUUGCUGUUUUAAAAAAUUUAAGAGUUUCAUAAAAUUGGAAAAUUACCUAAGAUCCUUUUCUGUAAACUUUGGCACAUAGCUUCAUCUGAGGUGAAAUAUGGCAGCUGUCUAUAUUUACACCAUGUCUGUCUACAAGAAAAGAAGUGAAAAAUAUAGUGUUUACUUGAAAUUAAACUUUAUAAUUGCAAAAGUUCCAAUUCAGUGAGAUAAACGGGUUAAUUUUACUUUAUUGUAUUACUGUUUUUUAAAACUCCUUUAUAGGAUUUUCAGUAUCACCAAACCAUUUUUAAUUUUUUUCUUUCUUCCACACCAGGCUUAUUAAAAGAGUGCUUUCUUUUUAACAUUGUUAGGAUCACAGAGUAAGAAAUUUCCCAACUGCUUUCUGUUUAUUCCAGCUAAGUACCAUAAAGAAGGUUCUACUAUAAAGAGCCUACAGAGCUGGGAAUACUACCACAAGAUCUAAAGCUGUGGCUGUCAGUUUAAACUCCAACUAUGGUCUCUAUUUCUUGUGGUGAAAUGACGUGCCUUUCCUUGCCUAAUCCCUGGUGUAUAUCAUCAUUAUUUAAUGUCUUCUAAUUCAAUCAUUUUUUUUAUAAAUAUGUCUAUAAACAUUGAACUUUAAAAAAAAAAUCUUAUUUAUUUAUUCCAUUACUGUAGCAUUUGACAGAUUUUAAAAAAAAUUGUACCUUAGUAAUUUCUUACCAUAUCCUAAGUCUGUCUUUUUUAAAAAAUAAAAAUGAGAAGAGACUCCAAA